CCGCUGAGGUGAGGGCCGGGCGGGGGAGGUAUCCCCGCCCGGGCGGCCCCACGCGCGCCCAGGGCCUGGCACCUCCGCCUGGGCGCGAGCUCAGGGCCUUCCGUGUCCCCACCGUGAUCCUUGCGGCCCAGCAUUUCUUUGCAUCUCGUCUCUCCCACAGCUGGCCCUGGUCGGGUCCAAGGGCCCAAACGCGACCUUGGAUCAGCCUACUAUCCCCGGCUGCUCUCCAUCUUAGCUUCGGGUGCAGGGCAGGCCCAGAGGCUGGGGAGCUGGGGGCGGGCGAGGGGGUAGGGGGCUCGAUGACGAAGGCCAGAACCGCGCUUUAACUCCGCCCCCUUCUCCCUAGGCUGCGGCUCACCGCGGCGUUGUAAACUUUAGCUUCCUAUAAGUUGCGGAGGUGCCUGGGGCCUCCAGAAGUUGUGGCUGAAAAGAAGAGGGCUGGGUAAAUAGGUGAGGCGAGGGUGAGCGGGGUCUGGAAGCCCAGAGUAAAGAGUGGACGCGACGACCCUUCCACCCCGCGAGGCCUCUCGGACCCCAAGUAUUCCUGCUCCCGGCAGACACCGAAGUUUUGCCUGCGGCGGGCCCUUUAAGGACCGGGCCGACAGCCACGGCGUUCGUGAGCGACCUCAGGAAGCCAACGCUGGCAGCCCUCCCAGACGCUUACCUAGUGCCUCCUGACCCUAGCAGAAACUGAGGCCCGAGAAGGGUCAAGGCCUGCCUAGGGGCAGCGGAAGGGGCUGUAUCAGGCCAGGAUCGGUGGCUGGAGCCUUCCAGGAAGAGGGCUCUCCAAGAAUAGGGGCAUGAGCAGGGCUCUAGUGAAGAGCUGACAUUUGUGAGGCGGAGUUUGGCUUUUGAUUUCCCAGAGGGAUCCGAGGACUUAAUGGAGGUUCAACCUUGUGCCCUGGAGCACUCGAAGCAUUUGGUCCCUGCUGCGCUGGAUGCCAUGAGUUGCUAAAAUUGAGCCUGGCUUUAGAGCUGCCUUGUGGUACGGCGUGUGGGGCACAGAGCCAUGUCGGACCUCCUUCUCCUGGGCCUGAUUGGGGCCCUGACUCUGCUGCUGCUGCUGACACUGCUGGCCUUUGCUGGGUACUCAGGGCUGCUGGCUGGGGUGGCAGUGAGUGCUGGCUCACCUCCCAUCCGCAACGUCACCAUGGCCUACAAGUUCCACAUGGGCCCCUACAGUGAGACUGGGCGGCUUUUCACGGAGAGCUGCAGUGUCUCCCCCAAGCUCCGCUCCAUUGCUGUCUACUAUGACAACCCCCACAUGGUGCCCCCUGAGAAAUGCCGCUGUGCGGUGGGCAGCAUUCUGAGUGAAGGUGAGGAGUCACCCUCCCCAGAGCUCAUCCGACUGUAUCAGAAAUUUGGCUUCAAGAUAUUCUCCUUCCCGACACCCAGCCAUGUGGUGACAGCCACUUUCCCCUACACCACCACCCUGUCCAUCUGGCUGGCUACCCGCCGUGUCCAUCCUGCCCUGGAUGCCUACAUCAAGGAGCGGAAGCUGUGUGCCCACCCACGGCUGGAGAUCUACCAGCAAGACCAGAUCUACUUCAUGUGCCCGCUGGCACGGCAGGGAGACUUCUAUGUGCCUGAGGUGAAGGAGACAGAGCGGAGAAGCCGGGGGCCUGUGGAGGCCAGCGACACUCAGGUGGAUAGCACAGGAGCUGAUACCAUGAGUGACUCAAGUUCUGUAAGCCUGGAAGUGGGUCCUGGCAGCCGGGAGACUUCAGCGGCCACACUGUCCCCUGGGGUGAGCAGCCGUGGCUGGGACGACGGUGACACCCACAGUGAGCAUAGUUACAGCGAGUCAGGCGCCAGUGGCUCAUCCUUUGAGGAGCUGGACUUGGAGGGUGAGGGACCCUUAGGGGAGCCAAAGCUGAGUCCUGAUGCCGAGCCCCUGGGGGCUUCCAAGUGGCCCCGGGAGCCCAGUACUCCUGAGAAGGGCGAGGAGUAACCUGCAGCCUGCGCCUUCCUAUGGUGCAUUGCUAAGGAACUGAGCAGACUCUUGAGCCCUCUUCCUCCUCCACCUCCUGGGCUCAGGCUGGGGCCAGGGGUCUCAGGGAGGCCUGAAUUCUGCUACCCUGGGCCUCUAGCUAAGCCUUCUCCUCACUGCCCUCUCGGCUACCAGAGCCAAAGGAGCCGGGACUGUUGUCUGCACUCAGCCCUUGAACACAGGGUGCUACCCUUGUUACAUCUCUUUUUCAGAUUCAUGUUGAAGCUUCCAGGACCCAGAAUAAAGCAAAUGAUUUUCUUUGUUUCA